GACAUGCCCAGAACACCUCACCAAGGAGGCGGCCAGGAGACAUCAGAUUUGAACAUGUUGUUUCUGAUUCUCACCGGUUCACACUCGGCUGCAAACCGUUCCAGUGCGAGCUUGAGGCCACCACCUCUAUGAAGCCAAAAGAACCACAUUGUCCAGGAAAAGCAGAGAUGAGAUUCUGAGACCACCCAAGUGAAAGCCUUCCACCACUUGGCUACGUCUAGAAAUUCUGUCCAAAAAAACGAACAGAAUCGCUGACAAAGGGCAGCCCUGGCAGAGAAAAUAAAGAAUUCCCACAUCAAAAAUUGGGAAUGAACUGUUUGAUUAUUGUAGGAAAGUCAUAACUGCUCUACAGUGAGAGUUGGGAAAUUUUAGUGUUCAAUUUUUAAUUUUUAACUAUGCUACUAUGCUAAUAUGGACCAACCAUUUAGUUGUUGUGUGAAUCAAAUAACUCAGUAUACUGAUGUUAGGAUUAGUGUGAAUAAUGUGAAUCAUCAGUGUUUUAAGGAAGAAUAAGAUGGUGAAUGUUAAUUAUAUACAGAUAGUAUUUAAAACACCAUCAGACUGUCUUUCUGUCAGGUGACUUACCACAACAGCAGCUCUGCUGAAAACUAUUUAGAGCGGUUUCAAAUAUGCCACAAAGGAAGAGUCUGUUGGUCAGUCUGCAGGAAGACAUCAUGGAGAUCAGAGCCCUCUGCAUCAGACUGUUGAUAACCAUCAUAAUCAUGCUGCGUGCACAUGCUCAGAAAGUUUUUUCUCUUCGUGUUGUUCCAAACAAACUGCAGUUUUUUGAAUAUGAAACUGUCAGUUUUUACUGCGAGGGAGUAUUUCAUGGAAACAUAGUACACAAGGUAAACGGGAGAACAUCCCAGUGUAACAACGGUGGUAACAAAACAGCACAAGGGUCGUUGUGCAUUAUGACAAGUCUUUAUUUGAAUGAUGGUGGACAGCACUGGUGUGAGAUUGAAGGAGGGAGGAGAAGCAACAGUGUCAACAUCUCUGUCACUGCUGGUUCUGUGAUCCUGGAGAGUCCUGCUGUUCCUGUGAUGGAGGGAGAAGAUGUGACGCUGCGCUGCAGAAACAAGAUGAUUUCCUCCAAUAUUGCAGCUGAUUUCUAUAAAUAUGGGCAUCACAUAGGGAACAGCUCAACAGCAAACAUGACCAUCCACAGAGUUUACAAGUCUGAUGAAGGACUUUACAAGUGCAAGAUCUCAGGAGGUGGAGAAUCACCAGAGAGCUGGCUGUCUGUCUCUCUGCCAUGUGUCACAGACUUAAACUCGGCUGUGUCUCACACAUGUGACCAUCUGUGCAGCCGAUCACACAGGGUCUCAGAGAGACCACUCGUCUAACCAGGGCUGCCAUAUUUACCUCGUCUCACGGACUGUGUUCACUGUGGCGAUGGUGGCGCUGCUGCUGGUGGUGGUGGGACUUCUUCACUGUGGGAAAGUCAGAGCUAGAACAGCUAACAGUUCACCCAGAUGUAAAUGUAACUGUAAUUAUGACAAAUAGAGCAAUGAAAGGAUAAAAGUACUUUUUGUGUUCCAUGUUGAUGUUUGUAUUCUUUAAAAUUUUUAAAUGCUAUGAUUAAAAUGAUAAAGCCAGAAAACAUUUAUUACAUUAUAUAAUUUUAUGGUUUUCCUGAUUUAUAUGCUCUCGGUGGCAAAUUGUAUGGAAAAAAAAUAUGUGUUUCUGGGGGAAGAGUCAGACUGAAUUUAAACAGUGUCGUGUUUAGUGUAAAGGUACUGUUGUAUACUGCUGUUAUUCUGUGUUUUGUUACUUCCUGUUUUAUUUUGCUAGUCUUCGUUCCCUGUGCGCUGUCUUCAGUUUUCCAACUGUGUUAUGGAUGUUUUGCCACAAUUGAAAUAAAGGUCAGUUUCAGUCAGGUUCAGUCUUCUGGGUUUACAUCUGGGUCUAUUUCCACACACUAUGACAGAAAAAAGUUUAACACCAUCUACAGGUAGGUUUUUGACCUGUGUUAGAGAAGUCCAAAUGUGAAAACAAAAACACAGUAAAAACAGUCAUGAAACACAGAUGUGCUGGGAAACUUGCCAGUCACAUAAGCAGCCUCUCACAUGUCACAGCUUCUCAGGGCACAAUUUACAUUUUUAAAUUUACAUUUGUU